CGACAAGCGACGGGGCGCCUCAGCAAGGCAAGGCAUCUGUGACAACUCUAAGUGGUAGCUGGACAUGGGGCCGCAGGCUAAAAGGGCUAGAACUGUCAAUUUUCUUACCAGCUCCCAAGCUUCCUACACAUAGCUCUUGUUGAUAACCCUCAUUGAUCUUGUUUACUUUUAGAACUAGACCACAAAAUCGGCACCUACUUGAUGAACUGACCGCAUCUUGGCGCUUCUGAUAUUCAAAGAUCCCAGUCCAACUGCCGCUUGCAUCUGCGAUGCCCACGGCGCACACGCCAAUCCAGCAACCAUGUUAGGCACCACUUUCCACGAGUACAUCCUCAUCCGCCUCGCCAUCCUCGCCCUCCAAUACACCACUCCGCUUUGCCUGCUAGCUCUAGCCCUCCUUCUCCUCGGCGGCGGCCAGUCCGCCCUCGCCUCGUCUCUCCGCACAGCCCUAAUCAGCUUUUCCCUGAUUGACAUAGCCUACGCCCUGUUCAUUUACUACCCUUAUAAUAGGCGUCUCAAGGAGGAAGCCCGCCAACCGCCCCCGCUAUCCCGCGCCGAACGCCGCGCCAUCUUCAAGCGCUGCUUCGCCCACAUCCCCGAUGUGGAGCGGUACGUGCGCCUCUGGUUCUUAGGCGCGGAUCUAACUGAGAUCCGCCGCGAAAACCUGGCCGAUUUCAUCCUAUGGGCGUUUUUCGACCGCGCGCCGGGGCAAGAGUCUCAGGAGGAUCUAGCGGAGCUGAAUGAUUAUAUUGACAUCAUUGGGGAUCGGCUAGGACGCAAGGUUGAACCAGGGCGGGGCAAGGCGGAGGGGUUGCGGUUGACGCUGAAUGAAGUCGAGACGCGAUACCGGAGUUGUCUGUGGAUUCUGAUCAUUGGGUUGGUUGAUACAUACACGCAUUGCCGACUCGCCUGUAGUGGUUUCCAAUAUUACGCCCAGCCGAGGUCGACGGCCUUCUCGGUGGUGCCCCUGCGCUUGCAGAGCUUGUUCGCGAGACACCGGUCGAGGUCGAGGGAAUUGGCCUACUGGUAUCGCCCACAUACAGCGAAGGGAAAACUCCCAGUGGUUUUUUUGCACGGCAUAGGUAUUGGCCUGUAUACAUACGUACCGUGGCUGGCCAAGAUGAAGCCGCCCGUGAAUGAGGAUGGGCAAAUCGGGGUCAUCGCAUUGGAGCUUCUCCCUGUAUCUUUUCGACUCACGAAAGCUCCGUUGGAAAAACUCGAGUUCCUGAGUCAAGUAGAAGAAAUCCUGGAAACUCACGGGUGGGACAGGUUCGUUCUGGCGACACAUUCCUACGGCAGUUUCCUGGGGACACACAUGAUAAAGUCGAAGACUAUUGGGUAUCGGAUCGAGUCCGUCGUCCUCAUUGACCCCGUGAGCAUCAUGCUGCAUCUGCCAGACGUUGCCUUCAAUUUUACGAGGCGUAAGCCCCGCAAGGCCAAUGAGUGGCAACUGUGGUAUUUUGCGAGCAUGGAUCCUGGAGUGGCACACGCCCUGGGGCGGCACUUCUUUUGGAAGGAGAACAUCAUCUGGAAGGAAGAGCUGCUGGCGCGAGGCGGCAGCAAGCAGAGGAGGGUGGCCGUUUGCCUUUCCGAGCGUGAUUUGAUCGUGGACACAAUCACCAUUGCAGAAUAUCUGGCCGGUGAAGAAGAUUGGGAAAGGCACUUGAUGAAGGACGGGAUCGAGGUCUUCUGGUCCCCAGGACUGGAUCAUGCGCAGGUGUUUGAGAAAAAAGCAGAUGAAGAUCGCAUGGCGAGUGUUGUUACUCGUUAUUGCAUAGAAUAG